CAUUGGCUAAAGGGAAAAUUACUUUGAAGCACUGUUUAUGAAUGGUGGUGGGUUUUCUGAUGCAGAAGCAAACAAAAGAUGAAGUUGAGCCAUUGCAGUCGAAGUUACUGCAAGUGUCUGUAGCUGAAAAAAAAAAAAUUACGGAAAGCAAUGACAUAAGGACAACGCAUUUUUUUGUCCAUCCGACCGUCUGUAGAUGAAAGCUUAAAAACUUCCAAUUGCCGAAGGGAACAAAUGUUGAACGAAGUUGAUUAUAUGCUCUGAUGACCGAUGGUAUACCACCGAUAAUUGACUUUUAUAGACCUAACCAGAUGUAACCAGAAACCUGAGUGUGGAGCCCUUGUGAUGCCAUUCAUAGCACGGUUAGGAGUGUCAUAAACACAUAGUAUAGUUCUCAUUUUAUCAUUCUGAGGUCCCGAAAGAAGGAGCCGAGAACCACGGGUCACUGUUCCAAGCCAGUGGUGCUAUUUGAGCUCCAUCCAGUAUCCUGUUUGGUAUUCUGUUAUUCUGGUAUUGAGUUCCACAUUUAGUAUCACAUUCAGUAAUGAUUUCUUCGUUCACUGGAGCAAAUUCUCGGCCACUCACAGCGAUUUGCAAUGGAAAAUCUUAUUUUCCUUCGGUGAAAAUAGACAAUUCCUCCACCUAAUUACAGUAUGUUCUUUUUAUUAAAAAAUAACAGCAACAGAGGCAUAAUUUUUUAGGUAUGCAAGGUCCUGUCUAGUCAUAAAAUUUAAUGCUCUUAUCAAGAUUUUCCUUUUACGCGCAGGGUUGUCGCAAUUUGGCCACGUCUCAAUUCCUUGUCCGUUUAUUACAACAUGAAUAAAAAUGUGCCCUAAUUUUUUUUUGCCUCAUUGCAAUACAACGGUCUAACGACAUCACCUCCGACCUGGGGCACCCUUUAGUGCUUUUGUAAUGAAUAUUUUCUUGCCAGCCCCUUCUAGAACUGAUCAGAAUAAUUCAGAAUUAGAAAGCAGAGAGGUUUUCCCGGAGAAUAAACCAGUAUUGCCUCAAUUGUUCACCAACAUAUAUGAUAUUAAAACGCAUACUGUACCAGUUCAUACAUUUUUAAUACAAAGGAUUUUUUAGUAUCAACAUAGCGCCCCUUAUGGUAAUCAAAACUUACUCGGCGCUGAAAAAACAACCAUAUAAUUUCAUUGCACAGAAAUGAUUUAUAAGGAAAGCAACGAAGCGGCAAAGUGGUAUUAUAUAUAGCUGAGAGAUUUGUCAGAAUUAGCGAUUUUAAUGAACAGCAAAAUGUUUUUUCAACUAGAUGGGAAAAGGAUUAAUUUUUUUUGUUAGAAUUUCUCCCCGCAACGUAAGCUCUGAUUAAUGCACAUUUUGUUGCCAUCAUAUUUUAAUUUAAUUGCGUGUUCAGACGAAAUGAAACCGCUCGCGAAUCGCUGAUAAUAAGAAAGUAAAAUUAGUAGGCGAACUUAGUUCUGAGCCAAAACUGGUCUAAACAGCACCUGUUAUCAGGUAACCGCCAAAGCUAAAAAAGCUACUCGUACGUGAUGCACGAAGUUCGAUUACAAAUUUCCAUAUAAUAAGAUUAAGUAAUACAUCAGAAAUUAUUGUCCAUUAAGCAAAAGGGCGCCUGCCGAUUAAUCAUUGCACCUGACAGAAGACUACUGACUGUGUCCCCGACAACACCUGAAAGAUGCCGAGCGCUUUGGGCAGUGGUCGAAAAACGCAGUCAGCAGAUGACAUACGGCGCGCCUUGGGCGGAAGACUGGGCACUACAACAAACCUUGGGGGUAUGACGAAUAAGGGUGCAUCCCCCGGGAUGGAACUACUCCUCCCAAGCUCCACUCUGGAGCGGGCACCGUCUUCAACUGGAGGACUAAGUUCGAAGAGUUCAAGAGAAGUGUUGACCAAUUCACUGCGAAGAUUGACCAAUCAGAUAACAGAAUUCAAGAGAAGCUUUACUCAGGAGCAACACCAUUGCAAUCAUCGUCAAGGGAGAAUGCCGGAAGAUAGAGACGGCUGGAAAAAUAGGACUGAGUUCAUAUUGAUGUUGAUUGGUUAUACGGUCGGACUUGGAAAUGUUUGGAGGUUCCCUUAUUUAUGCCAAAAAAAUGGUGGAGCGUCUUUCCUUAUUCCAUAUGGAAUCAUGCUUGCCUUAGAGGGCAUACCAUUGUAUUACUUGGAACUCUGCAUUGGUCAGCGUAUGCGGAAAGGUUCAAUAGGAGUAUGGAACGAAAUCUCGCCCUACCUUGGAGGGCUAGGGCUUGCCUCUAUAGUAGUAUGUUUUUUAGUAUCACUUUAUUACAAUGUCAUCAUCGCAUGGUGCGUUUUUUACUUCUUCAAGUCAUUUCAAAAUCCUUUACCUUGGACAUCUUGUCCACUCGAACCAGCAACUGUCGGCAACGUCACGACCAUGGAGCCUGUGCACGAGUGCAAAAUUACGUCACCUACCAAGUAUUUUUGGUACAGAACUACACUGGGAAUGUCUUCAAGCAUUGAGGAAGGAGGUGGUAUGAACUGGAAGCUUUGCGCAUGUUUAGUUGGAAUUUGGUUGCUGAUUUGGUUAUGUAUGAUGAAGGGAAUCAAAAUUACAGGAAAGAUUGUAUACAUGACUGCCACCUUGCCCCUGAUCCUGCUGAUCAUAUUUUUCUUCCGCGGAGUUCAUCUCAAGGGAUAUCAAGAAGGAUUGGCCUUACUAUUUAUUCCAGAGUUUGACCGGCUAAAGGAUCCUCUGGUGUGGUUAGACGCCGCUGUGCAGAUCUUUUACUCUCUGGGUGUGGCUUAUGGAUCCUUGAUAGCCUUUUCCAGUUACAUGCCGAUCAAGAACGAUUCAACAAGAGACGCAAUCACAGUUUGCCUUAUCAACUGUGCAACGUCCAUUUAUGCGAGUGUUGUUGUCUUUUGCUUUAUUGGUUUUCAGGCUGAAGACAGAAUGGAGGACUGUUUAGAUAAACAAUCUAAACAGGCUAUGCGCCUGUUGAAUGGCACUGGUGUGAGUAAUGUGGAUACACUGGACCAAGCGACAUAUAACGAGCUUCUUCAAAAUGCCUCGAUUUUCUUCAAUGAAACGCUCGUGACAUGCGACAAAUCAGAGUUUUUAAAGCUCCCAUCUGGUCAGGGAUUAGCCUUUAUAGUAUUCACAGAUGCGAUCAACAAGAUGCCCUUCGCGCAACUCUGGGCGGUCAUGUUCUUCCUCAUGUUGAUUGUGGUGGGCAUUGACACGGAGUUUGGAAUGUUAGAAGGCGUGGUUACACCUGUCGUUGAUAUGAAACUCUUUCCAAAAUUGAGGAAGGAAUAUAUAUCAGGAAUUCUUUGUCUGGUGUCCUGUCUGAUGGGUCUGCCUUUAGUUCAGUAUUCAGGGGAGUACUGGGUACAGCUUAUCCUCACUUACUGCUCUGGUAUUCCAUUACUGAUUAUCGCCCUGGUGGAAUGCAUCGCUAUUUGCUACAUCUACGGGGUCGACAGAUUUUGCGAUGACAUAAAGUACAUGACGAAUAAACCACCACGUUUUAUUUGGAAAUGGUGCUGGAAAAUCAUGUCUCCGAUCACCAUUUUCCUUGUUCUUUCCAUGAGCAUAAAAAGCAUGUCUGAAAGCAUACCGCAGUACCAAGUAUGGGACGCCAAACAGGGUAAAGUUGUGUCGACCACGUAUCCUCCAUGGGCCAAAUUCCUGGCUAUAGUAAUCACUCUUGUGUCGAUAAUAUUUAUCCCUGGAGUGGCAUUAUUACGUUACUUCCGAGUUAUUGGAAUGGGAACGCCUGAGCUUCCUACGGUAAUACUAGACGCUGAUGUCGACGCUGACCUGAACUCCUCGGAACUUCAACCACUUCACAACGGCAAACCAACGAAGACCAAGAAAAGAAGAAAGCUUAGUCUUGCCAGAAGAAAGUUUAGACUUGAAGAGAGAGAAGUGGAAAGAACAGAAGGGAACAAAAAUGGUCCUUUAAACAGAGUUAUCACUGCUAACGGGCAGACAUAUCAACUGGUGAACCAGCACAAUGGCGCGGCUAUGUUUAUCUAGCAUUGUGUUCAGAGUAACUAUUGCAUCAUUGCACUUUAACUUGACACCAGAAGACUUUCGGCCUCUGAACAGUUUUAUAUUCGUCAGUAAACGUAUCAAAACUUUGACUUCUACGUAAGAACGUUUCUAUUUGCCAAUGACAAGCAUGAGCCAGUAAAUGAAUAAUCCCGGGGGAGAAGUAUUCCUUAAGAAGAUGGGAAUAUCCUUCCGACUUUGCCACGGGACAUGGAGGAAAUCUAGAUAGUCACUCUUCCUGUCUCGUAGUACAAUACAGGAACAUUAUAACAUUCGGAAUUUUCGAAAAGAAAUAUAACAUAAUUUUCGAUGAAAUAGUUUUUAUAGAAAUUUGCUGAAAUUCAUUCAGAAUUUUGAUAACUUUUGCAGUAGUAACUACGUAUAGUAAAUCCAGAGACAUAAUUCGCCUUGAGAAACAAUCCAGGGAAAUUACUCAAAAUAGUGGGUUGGAGCACUAAAUAUUUUAGUUGUUAAUGAAGCAUGCAUGCAACGCCGUCUUAGGUUGGUUGAGAUUUGGUAAAGUCGUUUAGAGAUUGUUACUUGAGGAUCUAUGUGUCGACCAAGCGAAAAAAAAGUUUGUGAUAAUGAUUUCCCAUAUUUAAUCAUUUAUAUUCAGUAUGACUCGCUGUACGGGAUAUUUAGCUUUAACUUUUAAGUUGGUAAUCUGCUUUUUUAGAUUUAUUUGUCACAAUCCUUAAUUUUCAGUUGAUCAAACGCAUAGAUUUAGGGAAGUGAGGUCUAUUGACUUAGCGGCUUCCAGUUGCCCGUCAAGAUGCUGGAGUCAAAGCGCUCGUCAGAAACUGGAACU